AACAUCGGCUUUACUCACUGGAACAACCUCCGAUAACCUUCCCCACACACGGACGGGAUCUCUCCGGUAACCUUCCCCACACACGGACGGGUUCUCUCCGGUAGAUAUUACCGCCGCCACCGACCCGCAGACUUUUUGGAUACUUUUUCUUUUGGAUUUUAAUGCCUGAAUUAAUAAGUCAUCUAGCACUACUUUCGGGUAGUUUGCGUAUCUUCUCCGUCGGCGUCGAGCGGCUGCGGUGCGGAGCUCCACAUAUCCGCGAGCUGUGUUUAGGUGCUCUCUACCAGCCCCUCUCUGGAUGCAUCAGACUCCUCUGCCCCGGGGCCCUGGACCCGGUGUGUGACCCCACUGCCCUCACCCCACUCCCCCUCUCUCCCUUCUCCCUCCUCCCCCAACCCCCUUCUACCUGUCCACCUCGGAGCUCCUGUCCUGGGCCCCCUGCCUCUCGACCAGCGGGCAGAGGCAGGGGGCCAUGGCGCCAUGGUAGUCUUCGGCGGACGCAGCCCCCUCGCCAUGAGCAGCCUGCCCCCUCCGGAGGGCAGGGUUCAGGGGUCCAACUUUACCCCACAUCACUACAAGCCCUUCAGCUCGCAUGAACACUACCAGCAGGUGAUGCGUGCGUUGCGUAAGCUGAAGGAGAGUGGGUUCUACUGGGGGGCUGUUGGGGGCCGGGAGGCCAGCUCCCUGCUGCGCUCUGAGCCCCCCGGCACUUUCCUGAUUCGCGACUCCUCAGACCACCACCACUUCUUCACCCUGUCAGUCCAGACGGCUCGGGGAACCAAGAAUCUACGCAUCCACAGCGAGGGAGGCGGCUUCUACCUGCAGCCAGACCCCCAAAACACCCAAGAGCUGCCGCAGUUUGACUGUGUGCUGAAACUCAUCGCGCACUACAUGGGGAAGGGGCCAGAUACUGGAAGGACCAGAGACAGCGCAAGUGGGGGCAAUCCUGGAGGGGCCAAAAUGAAGGGGCGCAGUGUGUAUCUGAUCCAUACUGGUGGAGAGAAAAUCCCCCUGGAGCUGCAGAGGCCCCUCUCAACUUCUCUGUCGUCCCUGCAGCACAUGUGCAGGAGGACGCUGAACAGCCGAGGCCUGGGGGCAUCGGAGCGAACCGAUCAGCUCCCGCACACACUGAGAGACUUCCUGGAGGAGUACGAUGCUCCCAUAUGACUGACAGGAACUGCACAGGUUCCGCUACGUGGACCAGGUUCCAAGAGGACCACACAGACCAGUUCUCAGAGCAUAUGAGAAUAUUCUCACCAUCCGAGACUGACCAGACUGAGCCUUAGAUGCUAACAUGAGGUCAGCUUUCCACAGUGGCUAGAAUCAACCGAUCCCAGAUCUGUUAAAUCACUGAUGGACCUGUCUACCUAGAGUCUCCCACUGACCCGAGGUCUGGGAUGAGAAGUGUGAUUUGGGUAACCAACGAUUACCUCGUCCAUCCUGCCUUGCAGAAACUGACCACUAAUGUGAGUGGCAGACGAACCAGAGGUGGAAGGUCAACGUUUCCUAUGACGGACUCAGACGCAGAGCAGUGCCUCAUAGAAAAUUAACCCAAUUGGUCAAUAUUAACGACGAUAGCGAAGGCGUGAUCGAUAGCCCCCACCGGUGAGCUCGGUGGGUUUAAUGUGCUUAAGAAGAAAGCUCCUCUGUCAGCAUGACAUUUACAACACUUUGGAUCACUGGACAGGGAGAAAGACAGCAAAGAGCAGAAAGGCUCAGAUGGAGCGACUGAAGGAGGAGCUGCAGAGAAAAGUCCAGACGAGGGGCCCAACGCCGAGAACACACACUGUUUGUUUGUCUCACUGUGUGUGUGUGUGUGUGUGUGUGUGUGUGUGUGUGUGUGUGUGUGUGUGUGUGUGUGUGUGUGUGUGUGUGUGUGUGUGUUGUGGUCGUGCACACAUUUCCAUUGCUGCUUCCCGCAAGUGUUGCCUCAUAGAGGGGAGUGGGGUGGUCAUGCACGCUAGCUGCACACACACGCACACACACACACACACACACACACACACAGGCAGGUACAGACCCACAUGAAGGCUUUGUUAGCGUGGGACAAAAAAAACCAUUACAAAGCAUUUUCUCCUGCUCCUGUUUGUUUCUUGUUCCGCCUUCAUUACCCAUUCCCUGCCUCUUUUUUUGUUUCGAAGAUACAUGUGUGCUUUGACAGUGACGGAAAGCAGGCUGCUGUUGCUGAGACAAAAGCUUGUUACGGAGACAAAAGCCUUGGCAUGGGACCAAACAAAACAGCAGAACUUAUUUUUAUCCAGACUGGCUGGAAAAAUGUCAGCGACACUGUGAAGCUCCGUGGGGGAAUGACGAUGAUCAUCCCAGAGAGAGGAGAGGGUGAGGAGAGGGAUUCAACUGAGGAGAAAGAGGAGUGGGAAAUGGGAUUAGGAAUAAGAAAUUGAAAAGGACGGAGAGCUGGGGAGGGUUGCUGAGCAGGGGAGAAGUGGGAGGAGACAUACUGGUAUACAACUAAACAAAAACAAUGAUGUGAUUGAUGCCCCAGACUUAGAGGAAAUGAUAGAGCCCAACAGGACGCCGCUCCUGUAAAUAUAACAGCCCGUGCAAAAAAGAAAGUUUUGGCUGAGUCUUAAUUCUGUCUUUUAGAGCCUCUUUUGAGUAUUUCUUUUUGCUGAAAUGCCCUUUUGUGUGUGAGUGAGUCUCUGUCAGCUCUCUCCCUUCUAGCAUUCAUGAAGCAGAUAAAAGAGAAAACAAGCUGUUAGAAGCUUUAGAAAGGUUUUCUUUUGUUUUUUUGUGCCCAUCUACCUUCCAUCGUUACCUCUGGAGCAGGAGUGGUUCAUCCGUCUGAAUGUCAAGGGAGAACACGACACUUCCCCUCAAGUGAUUCUUUUAAAAAAAGCCUUUUGUAAAACAAAACACAAGACUCAGAUUUGAUUUUUAAAAAAUCUGUGUUUGACCCGUGCUCGUACUUAACUGUGAUCCGUGUUGGAGUGGUUGCCAUUUCAAAAGUUUGUGAUCUCACAUGGCCACUUGAGAUAGCAACGCUGAAUUGUGGCAUAGUGACACACAUUUCUCUUUUUUUUUGGUCAAAUCUGAGUCUUAACUUACUCAAAUCAACACCAAGUUUCUUUUUUUUCAUUUUUUUUUUCACGUGUUGCACCAUUGGACCACGUGUUUGUGAAUCAUUUGUCUUUUAUAAAGACUCUUGCAAAAGGCUGGCCACUAGUCUGGCAAAAAUACAAGCUGUAAUAUCUGAAAUGACAAAAGCAUUACAAAAUAAAUGAAAAGGAACGUUGCACAUAUUUAUAUUUCUAAAAUAUUUCAAUAAUUUAUAUUAAAGAGCACUAUUUUUACAAAAGUCAA